AAAAGGAGAUUACUGCUCCUGAUUUUUUUUUAAUGUUUAGAACAAUCAGUUAAUGAAGGUUCUCAAAACCUCUGGGCUGCUCUUACGUCCGGGUCUUACAUGUAGGCACGUGCCCUUUCUCUACGGACCAUAACAACCUGCAUGGUAUAUAUUUCAGCGCGGAAUAUUUACUAUCGGAAUAAACGGGAGAAUUUUUAUCCAGCAGAGGGGGUCAUGUUGCGUUCUGGAAACCCGUGUCAUCCAUCGCCGGAUAUCAAGCCUUAACGCCCUCUUGAUUCUUAUUCCGGUUAACGUGCUUUGCUGUUAUUAUUCAGAUAUUUUUUCAUAUACUACAUGCAGGCGAGUGAAAUGAUCAUACGCGUGUUUCAUCAGAGGACAAAGAUUUCGGAUAAUAAUGACAGCGAACGUACAUGUACAUGUAUAGAAUCAGAUCUAUUUGUUAGAGGAAAGAAACCGAAAGACCGGAAUGGAAAGUUAAUCGAUACUUUGAAAGAUGAGGAUAAUCUAUAUGUAAAUGAUUACGGGGAAUUCUGAAAUAGUUUGGCAUGCGACUACACCGCUAUAACAGCUGAGUCCCGGGAACCAUGUUGCAUCUGUCUAUGUGUCUGACCCAUCUUGAGUUGUACAACGUCGUCACUUCCUUGUUUUGUUACCGGCUCCUGGUCCCUCACCUGAGUGAACAAUCCAAGGUAUACUGGGAGACCGAAAUAACUAAGAACCGUACUCUUAAAGCUACGGAUGAAAACCAACUGUUCCCUGCUGGAUUUUCAUUUGUGCCUGAUGUUAAUAACAGGACUAGUGUGGAUAUUGCGUGCAGUGGUUUGACCGAAAAUGACUGUAAAAGAUGGGUCAAGUGCUCAAAAAUGGCCACGAAAUGCUGUGAGGAUUAUAUUUCGUCUAAUGCAUCGUUUGAAGAACCGGUGGCAAACUGUCCCUCUAUUUGGGACGGAAUGUCCUGUAUAAACUCCAUUUCCAAUGGAACAGUGGUAUCCUUGGACUGUCCGUCAUAUUACAUUCCAUCGUUUCAGCCAGCCAAUUUCACCAAAACGUGUCUGCCUAAUGGCGUCUGGGAGAACUCCCACCUGGACAUUGACGGGUCCCAUGUAUUGUACAACUACUCGUCCUGCAUGGCGGCCAACAAACAGAAACGAGUGGAAGGUACAGAGGAGUUCCGAAUACAGACCAUGGUUACCUUGGUGACGAACGUCAUAAGUCUGGCCUUUUUGUUGCCCUCAUUUUUCAUCAUGACUGUCGCCCUGUCCAGCGUCUUCCGGUACUCCGGACCUCUAGAGGCGGGCUAUAAGCGGAUGUUCCGGACCAGACUCCACUUCCUGUCCUCUCUAAUCCUUGUCAGUAUCGUAACGCUGUCCUGGGACUGGGUCGUCGGCCGGGAGCACGUCUACAAUCUCAACAGAGAGGAAAGUCUGAUCAACCGGAACUCACCGAUUUGUAAGGUACUGAUCAGCCUACAGAAGUACCUUAGAUCCGCCACUUAUUUCUGGAUGUUUCUGGAAGGACUCAAUAUACUAAUACCUCAGCUCCACAGCUCCCAGAUUGAUUCCAAAGUCCGCAUGGUGUGGUUUUAUUUUAUAGGAUGGGGAAUUCCACUAGUUACAAUAUCUAUAUACGUCAUAUUGCGAUCAGCAAUAGAGAAAUACGACUUUAAGUGUUGGAUUUAUAAUUUCCUUGAAAUUGAGUGGAUCGUAGUCGUACCCAAUUAUCUUACUGUUUUAUGCAAUGUUGUUUUCCUGAUCGUCGUGAUGGUGGAAGUAAUACGUAAAAGCCGUGCCAUGAAGAAAGCGUCGACUUAUAUACCAACAUCGCUGCGUACCUUGUUUUUCCUGAUUCCUCUGUUCGGUGUAAACUUCAUCGUACCCUGGAUAUCCUACGCCGCGGAUAACUUACUCAUUCCAUUCAUUGUCAACCAGGUAGUGGAGGGGCUUCAGGGAGUUUUUGUCUGCAUUCUGUGGGUGCUAUGCAAACAUGAGGUCCAACAGAACGUCAAAUUGGCCAUCAGGCGGAAGUUCCCGCUCCUGUUUGAGCGCUUUCACGCCCGGAAGUUCAGCACCACCUCCAGCACCCACCUGACUCAGGCUAUUCAUCCAAUGUCCGUCACCCCCAUCGUACUGGACAACGCCAAGGUUUCCGGACACCUGAGGACGGUCUUGGAAGUUCCGGAAAUGGAAAGACUUUCCCCGGAUCCGGAAGUAAAUCAAAUUUCAACGGACCCAGCUUGAGCACCAAAUAUAAUUGUAUAUUGCUUUCGUACAUAGGAUCUCAAGUGUGUAAUUGUGAAAUUUCAGUAACUCUAAAUGGACCGAGUCUGAAGACUAACGCGGCAAAUAUAAAAAUCACAACAAUUUUAUGUGCAAAGGGUCUCAAAAGCACGUUAGAGAAAAUGGACUGAAAAUGGACUAUGUGUAUUUUCUGAUUUCUACCUCGGCAAUAGAAAUACUAUUGCUUUUAUAUACAUAGAGACGCAUUUAAUAGCUUUCAUGUAGAUUUAGGGAUGUUAAUAGUAGAACGAUUCUCAACGGGAGCAAUCUUGAAGACUAGAUGUAUUUUUUGCUAUUAAAUAAGGCGGCAAAUGUAGAAAUAUUUCGUGCUAAAAGACAUACAUGUAGCGAUUUAAUCCCUUGUGAAACUGAAUAUUGUCUAUCUCUGCAGUGUAAUGGGUAUAGCUUUUAUUGAACCCGUUUAAGCAUUAAUACCACACUCAUCGUGAUCAGUUUCCUCUGUUUUUAAUAGAGCUCUACGAACAAUUCAGAGGGGGUCCGAUUAAGGGGAUUCGAUUGCCUUGGUCGGUUUUAGACUAUAUUGAUCUCUAUGCGAAGAAGAGCUCUAUAAAAAGAUAUAGGGAACAAAAUUCAAACAUGAAAUAGUUAGAUUUUUUUUUAUUUAUUAAAGAAUAUAUUUUAUGGCUAAAAAUCAUAUUUCAAGCUUUAAGGUAAAUGUUUUGGGUAAGUCGAGUAUUAUAAGUAUUUCACAUUCGAAUUCUUUAUUAUUUUUUUCCCAUGAAUACUACAUGAAUGCUAGUUCACCGGUUGGUGCUUCCUCAUUUUAUUGAUCAUUGGAACUGUUUUGAGUUGAUACUUUAAACCAAUUUUUAUUCGCAUGCGAGAAAUAUUCGCGAGGACUUUAUUUCUUGCCACAAACCAGUUAUCAUCAAAACUCUCUGGUAUCUUGUUUUCCCAUAUGCUGUGGUUUCAUUAAUAUUCGUUGAAUACCAAUUUUCGUGGAUUUCGUUAAGUUGAUCCACGAAAUUAAAUGUUCAUUGGAGUGCAAUUUCUAUUAACAUAUUGUAUUGAAAGGGUCAUUGGUCACGAAUUUACGUAUAUAAUUGAAACUGAUUUUCACUUUAUCCACGAAAAUUGAUACCCUUGAAUAUUAAUGAAACCACAGUAAUCUGCAUCUUGAUCGCGAAAAUAUAAAUUGCCAAGAACCAGUUUAUUUCCAGUAUGUAUUGCGAAAUAAAAUCGUCGCGAAAAAAAGUUGGUUUACAGUAUGUUUAUUGUUUUUGGUAGAAAUGAUCUCAACUUUAUACAUCUUUUAUCAACGACUUUAUUCUGUUGCCUUGUUGAUUUGUGAAAUAAAAAGUUAAAUCAUUUAUUUGUUGUUUUUGUGUACCUAUAUACAUCUGUACAUGACUG